UUCAGAACCCGGAGGGCACUCCGUCGGAGAGUUCGAGCCAAUUGUGGACAAAGAAGGAUACUUCCUUGCUGCUGCUCCUGCCAAAAACAAAAAGUGGAAAAUGUUGUGUUCGCUUUAAUCGUCGGGGAUAAAUCAAUUCCGCUGUUAACUAGAUUACGGGCACGUACCUGGCCAAAACCAGAGGAGGCGGAAUCCAAUAGGCCAAUCGGGGGCAGACCGUGGAAAAGCCCUCUAUCGCGAACCAGUUCGUGUCAGUGUGUGCGUGUGCGGAUUUUCGCCUUACUUUUUUCAUGCGCAAUUUGGGUUACAAAGCGAGAAAAACGCUGCUUAAAAUGCAUUAAAAUGUUUUAAGCGCGGCGCUUCAUUGAUUUUCCUGCGCACAAAGAAUGUUACACGCAGUCCUAGCCGGGAACAAAGGGCGCAGGACAACGAUGAGGACAAAGACGCGAGGAAGCUGCUUCUAGCUUCCCUGCCUUUCCUACGACGGGGCGAGGACCAGCCCCAGCGCAGAUCAGGAAACUCAUCCCGGGAGGCAUCCUGGCUCCCGUACUGCCCAGUAGCGACAUGGCCGGCCUCAUCGGCACCGCAAAUGGCAAGCACCACCACCCACACCUCAUCUCGCCCACCCAUACGUCCCUGCCGGCCGGCAUAUGCAGCAGUGACAGCGGCAUCUCCACUCUGAGUGCCAUCUCGCCGCCGCUUUCCACCUCGACCACUACGGCCUCCGGUGCAGGAGGAGGUGUGGGCGGAAGCGGAGGCAGCCCCCAGCUGCGCACCUCACCUGCACUGAGCAUGCUGGGAAGCGCCACUGCGACGGCCAGCGGAAUAACCACCUCAGCAGGAGGCGGUCUUACCGCCGGGAUCCUGGGUCCGGCAGCCAGCAUUGAUCUGGGCAGUUCGCCGCUCUCGCGCCGAAACUACAGCAACUCUCUGAAGGGCUUCAGCUUCCGUCGCAGCUUCGACGACAAGAUCAUCACGCCGCCGUACUUGUCGCGCGCUCCAGCCUACACCCACGGCAUUACCUAUCCUCAUUUCCACAGUCCCCAGCCUGCGACCAACACGCCGCAUCACAUCCACCUACACCACCAUGGGAAUGGUACCGCUGCGGGAUCAGGAUCGAGUGUGGGGUCGGGGUCGGGGUCGGGUACGGGAUCUGGCAGCGGUGCAGGAGGACUCUACCAGCAGCCUCUAUCGCUGGCCUCGAUGACAGCGGCCCUGCCACUGACGCCGCUCUACGGAUCCCCUCUGUCCCUGCCGCUGACCUCCUCUCAGUCCACCACAAAGCUCUCCUACCGCGACGACUUUCUACAGCAGAUUGGCUAUCUGCCAACUACGCGCAUCUACAGUACUCCCACCAGCAUCGUCGACGAGGACAAGGCUCAGCAGGACUUCCUCUCGUUAUCGCUGUCGCCGCCGCUCAACCGGCGGCGGGACAUGCCGGCACUGCGCGGCCCAUUCGUCAGUCUAUCGGAGCCCCGCGGGACCCUCAGUACGACCGACGAAAUUUACCCGGACUCGUCCGACAGUAGUCUCUACGUUUCGGACGAGGAGCAGGAAGAUGCUUCUCAGUAUUGUCGCGGAGGGUACCAUCCAGUAGUCAUCGGAGACAUAUUUGACAACCGGUUUCGAGUGGUGAGAAAACUGGGUUGGGGCCAUUUUUCUACUGUCUGGCUUUGCCGGGAUCUCAAAGAUGAGAAGUACGUGGCCCUCAAGGUUGUAAAGAGUGCUCCGCAUUACAUAGAGACGGCCGCGGACGAGAUCCGGCUCCUUGAAGCGAUCCGGGACGCAGACCCCAUGGAUGUUAAGCGGGAGAGGAUUGUGCGGUUGAUGAACCACUUCACGGUGCGCGGUGUGAACGGAAUGCACACCUGCUUGGUUUUCGAGGCGCUCGGCUGUAGCUUGUAUAAGCUGAUAGUGAAGAACAACUACCAGGGUCUGGGCAUCGCUCAGGUGCGCAACAUAAUCCGCCAGGUUCUGGAGGGGCUGGACUACCUGCACAGCAAGUGCAGCAUUAUACACACGGAUAUUAAGCCGGAGAACAUCCUGCUGGUGAUCGACAAUGCUGCCGCGAUGAAUCAGCAGAUUGACGAUGAGAUCAACAGUCUGCGCGUGAAGGGUGCCGACUUCCCCGACUCGUACAUCAGCUCCAUCGAGAAGCAGACCAAGUCGCGGGCCAAGUGGCCGCUUAUCGAGCCAAAUGGAUCGACAAAUACCAACACUAGCAACAGCACGGCGACCAAUUCCAAUUCGUCGACUCCGCUGGCCGCCGUGAUCAUGUCGACGCUGGACAAGGAGGACACCACGACAACCACCUCGUCCACGCUUAAUUCUAACACCACAUCAUCGCUGGCCUCAAAGUACUCCAGUCUAUUGGGAGACUGCGAAUGCAACGGAGGCCUCGGCGGAUCAGCGAACCUAAACAACCGCUAUCGAGCGGAGAAGAAAAUCACUGCCAAGUCUUCUGGGGAUUGGGAGGAAGAUGGCGAAUCCGACACGCUGGGCGAGCAGAGCACCUUGGCGAGCACCAUCGGUACGCCCACCGAUCCUGAUCCCGAACCCGAUCCUCAGCCCAAGGACGAGCCCGAGCCCCAGCCCGAGCCCAGUGAAGGCGCUAUCCCUGAGCUGCCCACCCCGAACUCCACAUAUAGCUCCUGCCUCUCCCACAACACAGCCACGAUAGCCAAGUCCAAGAUCAACUCAAAUAUUCUGAGCACGAGCACGUCCUUGACCUCAACCAACGAAAACAGUCUCACCAACACGAACACCACUACAGCCGCCACUUCCGCCCCUUCAAAUGACACUCCCUCACUCACUCCCGCCCCUGCCUUAUCGUCCGCCACGCCCCCCAGCACGUGCACGCCCUCGUUCACGCAAAUAGCUCCUCCUGCAACUGCUCCAGCUACCAGUACAACCUGUACAACAUCUGCCGAGCUCUAUAAUGGCGACCAUAAAACAACAAGCACAUCAACAACAAGUACAUCAACAACAACAACAUCCAACGCGAUAUCCUCCGCAACAACAACAAUUGCGCCAACGACAACAGCAAUCGCUAAACUAAAUGUCCAUGCCAAUGCCAUUCCUUCGCAGAACCAGAGUCAGAGUAGCCAGAACAACACCUACACAAUCCAGUCGCUCAUUGACAACAGCAACGUUCGUGUGAAGAUCGCCGACUUGGGUAACGCCUGCUACGACUACCAUCACUUUACCGAGGACAUUCAGACUCGCCAGUAUCGAUCGAUCGAGGUUCUUUUGGGAGCGCCGUACAAUUAUACCGCCGACAUCUGGAGCACCGCUUGCUUGGCCUUCGAACUGGCCACAGGCGACUAUCUGUUCGACCCUCACGCCGGAGAGUCUUACAGUCGGGACGAGGACCACUUGGCGCACAUUGUGGAGCUGCUGGGCUCCAUACCGCAGUCGGUGAUCCUGCGGGGCAAACAUGGGCUCAAGUACUUCACCAGCUACGGUAGCCUGAGAAACAUCACCAAGCUUAAGCCCUGGAGUCUAAUGAACGUGCUGGUGGAGAAGUACGACUGGGACCCGGUGGAGGCCAAGAAGUUCUCAGACUUUCUGCUGCCCAUGCUUGAGUACAAUCCGGUCAUACGGGCGUCGGCAGCGGAGUGCCUGCAGCAUCCGUGGCUGGAGCAGGAGGAGUUCGUCUAGAAGGAUCAAUGAGUGACGAAAGAGCUAGAGAGACACAGGCAUAGGCAUACUAAAAUAUUGCAUCAUAACAUACGUAUUUCGUAAUCGUAUUGUAUUUCUAGGCUUAACUUUUAUAAUGAAACCGUUUGCCAUAAAGAGAAAUAGUAUACAUAUGUACGUUAGCAGAAAAAUCCGAUGGGAAGCUAGCAUUAAAGGACUCGAUCGAUGCACACACAUUUUACACUUACGAAGUGCAGAGAAGAGGACGUUACGCGGGGAAUUUUUUAAGCUUUUUAAUUUUUGUACUUGAGAGCUUUAAAAUGUAAUUACUAAAGAAGCGAUUUUAUUUGUAACGACAAACGCGAACGUAAGAAGUUGCGCAAAUGUUUUUCAAGUUUUAUUUCGACGUGCAUAUACAUAGGUAUAUACAUACAUACAUACAUAUAUAUUUUUAUUGAUGAAAAACUAUAACAAAAGACAAUGACGACAAUUUUUAAGUCAACAGAUGAUGCCUAAACUGACUGACUGAAAAGGAAUACAUUUUCAUGCGAAACCAAGAAAACCAAGCAAAUGGGAAAAGCUAAAUAAAUUGUACGAACUAGAAAAAAUAUUCAUCACAUAAUUAAUAAUAACUUCUAUAAUAUUAAUAAGCAAGUAUGUAUGUGUAUAAUUAACGAAACCCAAUUGUUGAUAUCGAGAAUGUUCACAGAUACAGACGUAAACUCAAAUAUUGACAUCUUUUUAGCAGCGAGUUGUAAUUUUGGUACAAUUAACCAAAGCCAUUUGCAGAUUUUUAGUCCUAUGCUGAUAACGAGCAGACUUGAGAAUAUUCUCUACCUACCUGAUUUCGCUUUGCAAAAUUUAUCCACUAAACAUCCGUGAAAAUGAGCCUAUCCCAGAUCACAUAACUUAAAGCGAAAAAACAAUAAUAAAGCAUUGCAUAAAAGUCUUUUUUAUCGGAAUUGAAAACUCAAAAUCGAAAUUUAAAUACUACCAAUGAUAAUUACUGAGAAAUCGUAAUACCAAAUAACGAAAACAUAUUUUACUACUUGCCUACAAGUAUUUGUACACAAGCCUACAAAGUAACAUUGAACGUGACCAAAUAAUUUAAUAUUGUGGAAGAUUUUUCCCCUCAACACGAUAUUUAAUAUACACACAAGUGUGCGCAUGUAUCCAAAUGAAAUGUAACAGAAAUUUCAGCGGAGGAGCUGCACGUUCGGGGAGUGGGCACAUAUUUCAAUAAACCGAAAUAAAGAAUAUACAUACCGA